UGAAGUGUGCCCUGAACACCUGUUUGAGCCCCUCAGAAGAUCCAUCAGCUACAAAGAGAGUUUCAGUAUUGGAUCUACCUGGAGAUGUGCUCAUCAUACCUCAGGCAACCCUGGGAGGAACACCUAAAGGAAAACAGAUGCAAUAUCAUAAAAACAUAGCCAAAGACGAUGGAAAAAAGUUAUACUCAUACUUUGUCUCUUUGUGUGAGGCCUCGUUACAUAUGUCAGAGAAAGCCAGAGAACAGGGAAAACAUGUUUGUGCUGGGACUUAUGGAAAUCUACAAGUAUUUCGCACAGACACAAAUGGACCUUUUACCCAUUUACUGGAAUUUUAA